GGAAACAGUGUAGGAUACAAGUCUGUCUUCUUUAGCAGUACCUGUGACCCACUUGGGAGGUUUUCUGUGCUGUGACUGGAAAUCACUAUGUCUCAACAUGCUGUCCUGUCUGCUGGAGCAAAGGCAUGGCGUUCUUUUAACUGCCCGCGGUCCGAACUGCGGCUGGACUUGACCCUGGGCUGUGGCCAAACUUUCCGGUGGCGUGAGACGAGUAAUGGGCAUUGGACAGGAGUGAUGGGAGGGCGUGUGUGGACAUUGACACAGACGGAUGAUGCUCUGUGGUACCACACAUAUGGGUCCCAGGGCUGCCCAGCUACGGAAGAUAAGAGAAAAAGGCGAGGAGGAGCUGAGCCAGCCCAGCUUGCUAAGAGAUCAAAGCCCAUGGUAGCAGUGAAGGAGGAAAGGGACUGUGAUCAGGACCUUGGGGUUGUGAACUCUAAGUGGGAUGGAAGUGAAGAAAAAGUCUUGAGGGAUUACUUCCAGUUGAAUGUGCCGCUAGGGGAACUGUACAGAGAGUGGGCCUCUGUGGACCAUCACUUCAAAGACAUCGCUAACAUGUUUACAGGGGUGAGGAUGCUACGUCAGGACCCCACUGAAUGCCUCUUCUCGUUCAUCUGCACCUCAAACAACCACAUCUCGCGCAUCCAGGGCAUGAUAGAGCGGCUAUGUGUCAAGCUGGGGGCCCCCUUGUGCCAACUGGAUGGCACACCGUACCAUGACUUUCCCAGUAUCCAAGCCCUGGCAGACAGCACUGUGGAGGCCUGUCUCAGGGAUCUGGGCUUUGGGUACCGGGCCCGUUUUCUGCAGCAGAGUGCCAGGCAGAUCUUGGAUUCCCAUGGUCCAGACUGGCUGCUGAGCCUACGGCGAGCCCCCUACCUUGAGGCCCGGGAUGCGCUACGCACCUUGCCUGGAGUGGGUCUUAAGGUGGCAGACUGCGUCUGUCUAAUGUCGCUGGACAAAGCGUGCGCGUUGCCCGUGGACACGCACAUGUGGCAGAUCGCACAGAGGGACUACCGCUACUCUGUGGCAACGGGACGCAAGAGCCUGACCGACAAGGUUUACCAGGACAUCGGUGACUUUUUCAGAAAGCUGUGGGGAUCUCAUGCUGGCUGGGCACACUCUGUUCUGUUCUGUGCCGAUUUGAAGAAGUUCCAGAAGUUGAAAGAGCUGCCAAUUAAAAAGGAGGAAGGAACAGAGGUUAAAGUGGAGCUUGAGGAAAGUACUGAGGAUGUGAAAAAUGGAGACAAAGGUAGCAGGCAGAAGGCAAAGAUUAUAAAUCCCAAGGGUUUAGUGAAGAAGGAGGGCAGUAAGAAGUCUUGAGUCAAAGGGCAAAGUUAAUAUUGAUCCAUAUGUUAUUGCUGCUGUUAAGUUUUAUUAAUAUAAGCUUUUAUAUUUUUAUAACCAUGUAGCAGCUGUUGAC